UGUUGAAGCCAAAGGUAUGGAGGCAUGAAUGACAUGUGUUGGCCCCUCCUCUCCUGCUCUGUGCUGCGCUGCUGAGUUUCAAGCGCAACAACCCGGAGAGCGCAGCAGCGACUUCACCGCUGCAACUUUGAUGACAGGGUUUUUUGGAGCAGUCGAUGAGCGCGUUUGAAGUACCUUGCUGGUGAAGACAAGGGGAUCGAGUACCUGUGAUUUACCCCAUCUACUCACCAAAAUGAAACUCCUGAUUUGUAUGAUAGCAGUCGCCUUGGCGGUGGGAUCUGCGCACGGAGGCAACGAGUUUGACGAGCCGUGUGCCGGACGCAACUGUGGAGAAGGAUGCAGAUGUAAUCCGGAGAAAGGCAGCAGGGGUCGUCCAGGGCAUCUUGGAGAAGUGGGUUCGAGCGGACCUGAGGGUCCUCGGGGGGGAACGGGACCCUCAGGGCCCAAAGGAGAGAAGGGCCACCUCGGAUAUAAAGGACCAUCUGGCCAGAAAGGAGACAAGGGGCCUAUGGGAGUGCCUGGGUUCCGGGGAACUGAUGGAGUACCUGGUCACCCCGGUCUGGACGGGGGAAGAGGACCCUCUGGACUGGACGGCUGUAACGGGACGAGAGGAGAAGCCGGAGACCCCGGUUACGGGAUCGGAGCGCCCGGACCCGCUGGACUCUCUGGGCCUUUUGGGCCGAAGGGUCAGAAAGGAGACCCUCGAUAUAUCUCGGACGACGGUUCCACGAGUUCACCAGGUUAUCCAGGACCAAACGGUCAACCUGGAAUCAGAGGUCCCGAGGGUCCGUCUGGUUACCCCGGUCCAAUGGGGCCCGAGGGAUACUCUGGCCCACCUGGUCCUCCCGGUCUCCCAGGGCCAAUGGGGAGCCGCAGUGAUGGAUAUGAAGGAGAGAAAGGAGACAAGGGCGACGUAGGUCUUCCCGGACCCAGCGGUACUCCGGGCGACGGCUCGCUAAGAAGCGAACAAACUCUCACUAUCUACAAAGGAGAUAAGGGUAUACCUGGUCCAAAGGGAAUAAGAGGAUUUCCUGGAAAUCCUGGUCGACCUGGACCUUAUGGCUUUGGUGGAGAACCCGGAGAGAAGGGAAUUCUUGGAUACCCCGGAGCAAGAGGUGCUCCUGGUUUGAACGGGCCUCCUGGAUAUCCCGGACAAUUGGGACUUAGAGGAACUCCAGGUUUGAUCGGGCAACCGGGAUACAUCGGAGGAAAGGGUGAGCAGGGAGACCCCGGAUCACCAGGACCCCCAGCCUUCGUUAGUGGUCUGGGCGCUACUGUUCAAGGAGAGUCAGGUGACCCGGGUCUCAACGGACUACCCGGUGCCCCUGGUGACCCCGGACCUCUAGGAUACCCCGGACCCCCAGGACCUCCAGGAAUUGUUGGUUUUGGGACAGGUAACGGAUCCCCAGGUUAUCCCGGGACCCCCGGCCCUAAAGGAGAGAAGGGAAACGCAGGAAUACCAGGAUAUGGCUCCGAAGGACUCUCCGGAUCCUCUGGCUUCCCCGGAUCCCCUGGCCUUCCCGGACCCCCCGGACCCCAGGGAUCCAGAGUGCAAGGCCCUACUAGAAAACCCAAUGAACCCUGCGUCAUCUACCCCGAGGUUCCCACCGAAGCUCCCGUAGCUUACCCCGGCCAGCCUGGACUGCCCGGCUCUAGAGGUCUGCCUGGCAACAAUGGAUACAAUGGAUACAAAGGUGAAUCCGGAGACUGCGCCUGCCUCGGGGGGGGAACAUCCGGAACGCCAGGACUACAGGGACCGCCCGGACCCAGCGGGAACCCCGGAUACGCCGGAAGAAAGGGGGAGCUGGGAGAUGGCGGCACACCUGGCUUUGGGGGCAAUCAGGGACCUCCUGGUCGUUCUGGUGAACCCGGAAACUACGGUCGUAAGGGGGAGAAAGGAACGUCUUUUUACCCCGAUCUUGGUGCAGGAGUGAAAGGAGAACUCGGAGGAAAUGGCCCCCGCGGACCGAACGGAGAAACUGGAAAACCCGGAAGAGACGGAACUCCCGGAUUCCCUGGAACUCCUGGACCCCCCGGUGAUGGUGGAUACGGCACAGUCGGCGAGAAAGGGUUCCCAGGAUACCCGGGUGCUAAGGGUCGUCCCGGAGAACCCGGAGAACCCGGCGGAGGAUACGUCGGCACGCCAGGUUUCCGUGGAGACGCUGGAGAGCCGGGAAUAUCGGGACUACCAGGACAACCAGGAUUAGCAGGACCACGAGGUGAAAACAGCUGUGCAGGGGUUAAUGACGACGGAGAGGGAACGGGCACAGUUUUACCGUGCUCCAUACCCGGUGAGGUCGGAGAGCCCGGAGGACCCGGACGACCCGGACAACCAGGCCCUAAAGGUCAGCCAGGGUUCCUAGGAGGACCCGGACGUCCCGGAUUUGACGGGUCCAAAGGAGACAGAGGAAACCCCGGUUUUGGAGGACAACCUGGACCACAAGGUUUCCCCGGACCCAGAGGGGAUUCUGGUAUUCCCGGCGGUCCCGGACAGAGCUUUGACGGCGGCAAAGGGAAGGACGGAGUUCCUGGUCGUCCCGGAGGAAAGGGCCAGACUGGAGAGGUGCUGGGGGCCACGCCUGGCUCCUCGGGACAGAACGGAGGACCAGGGACCCCUGGAAACAAGGGCCAGCCCGGGACCCCUGGAGGGCCGGGACAACCUGGUGGCGACGGGCGUUUCGGCGUUCCCGGUCUGAGGGGAGAGCGAGGAGUCGACGGUUACCCCGGUAACAACGGUCUUCCCGGACUUCCAGGCGAGCCGAUCUUUGGUAUUCCCGGUCGUCCCGGUUCUCCCGGUAAUGUCGGAUUGAGCGGAUCUCCAGGUUUCCCCGGUAGAAAGGGAGACAGAGGAGACCUAGGUUUCCCAGGACCAGCGGGGAUGAAGGGGACCCCCGGCGUGCCCGGUACCCCUGGAUCUCCGGGGCCCCGAGGACCCUCCGGACCCCCCGGACCGGGAACUAGAGACGGGAUCCCAGGAACACCGGGAAGAAAGGGUGAGUCAGGUUUCCCCGGACUGAUGGGCUUCCCUGGACUCCCGGGACGUCCUGGAUCUUCUGGUUUUCCUGGAGGGAAAGGACAGCCUGGAGGACAGGGUAGAAACGGGCUCAACGGCGGCCCCGGGUACUCCGGACCGAAAGGUGACAGAGGAUACCCCGGCUCCCCUGGUCUGCCCUCCCCUCGGUUCAGAUCAGAGUUAGUAGAAAAAGGAGAACCAGGAAACAACGGAGGCAGCAGCUUUCCUGGUUUCCCCGGACCCAGAGGUGACAAGGGUUUCCCGGGUCAACCUGGUCGUCAGGGUCUUCCCGGACUUCCUGGUUACGCCGAACAGAGCAAAGGACAGCCUGGCGUACCUGGUUACCCCGGGCAAUCAGGUACUCCAGGUUACCCCGGACCAAAGGGAGAAUCUGGUAUUAUGGGAUUCCCCGGCAUGUCUGGACCGAGGGGUGAUGACGGCACACCUGGUUUCAAUGGAAAUCCUGGAGAAAAUGGCCGACCAGGAGGCAAAGGUUCUCCCGGAGAGAGCUAUGGUUAUCCCGGAAGAUCGGGAGCUAAAGGACAACCCGGAGAUUCAGGUUUCCCAGGCGGUCGUGCGAAUGACGGCGCUCCCGGUGACAACGGUUUCCCAGGAGGUCCAGGCUACCCCGGAUCAAAGGGAGGUCCAGGUGAUGGAGGCCGGCCUGGAAUAAUGGGCUCCCCUGGUUUCCCCGGGCCAAAAGGUCAGUCUGGAUAUCCAGGAAGAUCAGGAGCAGACGGGACUCCUGGACCUCCUGCUGGGCCUGGAGGUCCCGGAGCCAAAGGUUUACCUGGAUCCCCUGGUUUGGAUGGUCUUAAUGGCCUCGCUGGACCUAAAGGCCUCCCAGGAACACCAGGUGGGAACGCUGGAGGUCGUCCAGGAGCUUCCGGUAUUCCCGGUCUGAAGGGAGAGAGAGGAUCCGCCUACCCCGGGGUACCAGGAUACCCCGGAGCCAAGGGAGAGAGAGGAGACCAAGGUGGUCCCGGACGCUCAGGGUUCCCCGGUCUUCCCGGACCCCCCGGUCCCACGGUGGGAUCAGACGUUCACGGACCUCUUGGAGACCCAGGACUCCCUGGACUGGAUGGAGAAUUUGGUUUCCAGGGUCCUCCAGGUCCUCCCGGUCCUCCUGGUCCCGGCACAGCUCAGGGAGACCGAGGAGACCCUGGACUCCCAGGUUUCCCAGGAUCCCCCGGGAGAAAGGGAGACUCUGGUUUUCCCGGAGGCCCCGGACUCCUCGGAAGCCCCGGGUUCAAAGGAGGAAUAGGAGAGAGCGGAUACAGCGGAGGUCCUGGUCUGAAGGGCUAUCCCGGUGAUUCUGGAUAUUACGGAAACAAAGGAACCAAGGGAGUACGAGGACGUUCCGGUCGUAAGGGAGCCCCCGGAUCCACGAUUCAAAGUAUACCGCAAGACAUAGACCGACCCUACGGAGAAAUUGGUUACCCCGGAGGAGGAGGCGGAAGCGGGACUCCUGGAGUACCCGGACAGCCGGGACUCCCCGGACGUUCAGGGUCUAAGGGUCGUCCCGGUCCUGGAGGUAAACUGGGCCAGACUGGACCUCCUGGUUACCCCGGAUCUAUCGGUGAGGCCGGAUCCCCCGGUUUCCCCGGAACCGCUGGAGAACAAGGCGCCACUGGGUCCGCGGGUCGCUCCGGACCCCCCGGGGCUGUGGGUCGUGGCUCAAGCAUUGGAUACACCCUGGUGAAGCACAGCCAGAACGCCCAGGUGCCCAUGUGUCCUCAGGGCAUGGCCAAGCUGUGGGACGGGUACAGCCUGCUGUUCGUGGAGGGCCAGGAGAAGGCUCACAACCAGGACCUCGGUCAGCCGGGGUCUUGUCUCCCCCGCUUCAGCACCAUCCCCUUCCUCUACUGCUCCCCCAACGAAGUGUGUUACUACGCCUCUCGAAACGACAAAUCCUAUUGGCUCUCCACCAGCGCUCCCAUUCCCAUGAUGCCCGUUGCCGAGCAACAGAUCCAGCAAUACAUCAGCAGGUGUUCAGUGUGUGAGGCUCCCUCUAUGGCUGUAGCCGUGCACAGUCAGGAUCUGAGCAUCCCCACCUGCCCCCCCGGCUGGAGGAGUCUCUGGAUCGGAUACUCCUUCCUCAUGCACACAGCAGCAGGAUCUGAAGGUGGCGGUCAGUCUCUGAAUUCCCCCGGUUCUUGUCUGGAGGAUUUCCGCGCCACGCCGUUCAUCGAGUGCAACGGAGCCAAGGGAUCCUGCCACUUCUUCGCCAACGAAUACAGCUUCUGGCUCACCACCGUGCAGCCGGGCACGGAGUUCCUCUACUCCCCCGGACAGGAGACCCUGAAGGGCGGCCAGGAGAGAUCCAGAGUCAGCCGCUGCCAAGUCUGCAGCAAGCUGUUGUAGUAUCAACACCUUCCGAGGAGAACAAGAGGCGUUAAAGGUCCCCUAUUAUGCAAAAUCCACUUCUUCAUGUCUCUUCUACAUCAACAUGUGUCCCCUCUGUGGAAAGAGACUCUGAAAGCUUCAGGA